AAUCACGACCUUACAAAUAAAUAUAAACAUUGUAUUAGCCUGACCAUUGCCCUCCUCUACAAUUCCACUCGACAAGUCUCAGCUCUCUCCCCUAACUUGAAUUGUCUCUGGUAGAUUUUCUACCAUACUAGUUAGCAAACAGGAAAAGUGGUGAUCAAUGAUAUAAAUUUUCUGCGUUGUAGUCUGCCUGUAGUUUUGGCAAUGGCAGCAGAGGAAAUGAACAAAGCCACUAAGUCUGUGUUGGCUACACUUCCAAAUAUCGAGUUAACAUUAACAGCACCCUCUAUACAAAGCAAAUAGCGUAGUACAAGAUGCUGGUUUUUACCAGACUAAAGAUGUCCAUGUUAUAGGAGAGAACACCUAAUCAGUACCAGUUUAUCCUAAAUUGGAAUGGGAUUAACAGGUUUUGGCGUAUUUUUCCUGUUCUUUGGGAUGAUCCUGUUCUUUGACAAAGCACUUUUGGCCAUUGGAAAUAUCUUGUUUGUCGCUGGCCUGGCUUUCGUCAUCGGCUUGGAGCGAACGUUCCGCUUCUUCUUUCAGAAGCACAAAUUAAAGGCCACUAGUUUCUUCCUGGGAGGAGUGUUUGUAGUCCUUAUUGGCUGGCCUAUCAUUGGAGUUGUGCUGGAAAUCUAUGGAUUUUUCCUUCUUUUUAGGGGCUUCUUCCCGGUUGUGGUUGGCUUCAUCAGAAGAAUACCAGUUCUUGGUUCUAUCCUGAACCUCCCCUUCAUCAGUGCUUAUAUGGACAAAGUGACUGAGGGCAACACCAUGGUAUGACUGUUUGGACCCGGUUCCACCGCAGCAGUUUUUCUAACACAGUUCCUAAUGAUCCUGAAUGAAAGCAGCUGUAGUUAAAUGGUCAGACUCUACUUUCCACCAGACAAAGACUGCUUCCUUUAUGUCAUGGACCUCCUGAGCUCUGAAUCACUGAUGUGUCAAGUAUGGCUUCAUUAAUGUUAUCAUAAAUCCUAUCUAUCCUUCUUCAGAGUGAUUCAUUUGAGAAUGUUGGAAGUACAAAUUAUUAUUAGCAUACCAGAUGCUUUCAUGCAGGAGUUGGUUCUCAGCUUGCCAAAGUUCAUUUUUGUGCCACAGCAUUAAAGCUCAUUCUUUUUUGCAGUAAUUUUAUUAAGUCACUGUUUCUGCCUUUAAGCUGUUUGAUUUGGUUCAUGUCAUGGUUGACAGAUACUGC